UUGUCACGUACGGACCGUCUUGUCACCGUACCGCCCGUUCAACCUUCCCUUCCUCACCUCAACCUCACCUCACCCUCACCACAACCUCCAACCUCUUUCCAUCACAACACACACACACACACACACUCUCUCUCUCUCUCUCUCUCUCUCUCUCUCUCUCUCUCUAUAUUUCCCAUCCCUCUCUAUCCUUCUCUCCCUCCUCUCUCUCUCUCUCUCACCCUCUCUGACUUUUGUUUCCUGUCGUUGAGAGGUUCCUCCCAUUUCUUCUUCCUGAUAAUCUCUCAGACUGCGGCUUUCUCCCUCUUUCCCUCCCUCUCGGCUUCAACCUGACCCUCCUCAAUCGCCGCUUCACAUGGGUGAAUCUCCACCCAGCUCCCGUCUUUCCUCCCAUCAAUAACUGGCCAUGAUAUUCGUGCACCUCCUUCCACUCACCGGUCGGCUCUCGAUCCCCUCUCUCCUUUUCGUCACCGCUCGAUUCGACCCCAGCUCUAGCUUGUUCUGAUGACGGAACUUUGCUCGAUUGCCACGAACCUAUUACUGACUCCCUUACCCGUCCACCCGGGCUCGACUGGCACCCAUUCUAUUCGAAUUCACGAUAUCUCCGGCCUCCCAUCGCUGUCAAUCCCUUUCCCAAGAUGGCGUCUCUCAUAAUUCCAGAGGGUGGCAUAUGCCUUCGGAGAGCAGACACACCUGGGGACGCCUCCUCUCCCGACCCCUCCAGCAAACCAAGCCAGAUAAUGCGGCUGAAUCUGGCUCAGACCACCCUCGACGAACUCGUCCAGAGUCUGCGUAACGAUCAAAAGGCCCGUAUCCGUCUGGGAAAACACCAAUCGCUCCACUACGGGAACAAGUCUCAGACCUUCUUCUCGUCGCCUGAAAGUCACCGUUCAGAAAUUUACUGCUACUCUCCUUCAUCUUCUUCGUCUUCUACAGCCAACAAUGCUUAUUUUACUGGCGUGCUCAGCCAUAAACUGGAGGUGGAGAAAGCUCGUGAGGAUACUGCUGCUACGGAUGAAGCAUUGGCCAAUCUGGAGCAAAGACUGAGUGCUUUUGAGAAAGGGAAAGAAUCUAGAAAAACACCCAUGAUCACAACAAUUGACCAAAUGAGGGCUCUAGGUGCCGGGGACAACCGCAGCGCAACCGGGAAGGAAGCGGCUUCAUUGGCCCGCAUGCCAAGAAGUAAGAUUGAUGUGGAAAAGGAGCGCUUUUUUCAGCAUGCUGCCAAUCGAUCGAAUUCCGCUAGCCCGGGCCUUCUUGGUGCACGUUCGCCAGCUGCUGCCACUCCUAUGGCGCCUCCUAAAUCAGCCUCUCUUCCCCAAAACAAAGACAAAAUACGCCUCGAAGCUCUCCGUGUUCCCUUGACCCAUCUGCUUGCUGUCCGCCCAGUUUCUGUCAGAUUUUUAGCGCAAAAAACUAGAUCGUCCCAGGAGGACUGUUUGGCCCUCGUACAGAAAUAUGGUGUCGAGAAUAGAUUAAAUCGGGAAAAGUAUGGCCUAAAAGACAAGGCGUACAAGGAUCUUGAUAUCUGGGGGUUUCCGUACCCUUCGGAGGAUGAGCGGCAGGAGGCUAUCGAGAACGCCAUUUCGGCCUUUGACCGAAUGCGGAUUUCACGCGCGGAUAAGCUUUGGCAGAUGCUGCUUCCAAAGGCUGAGAGGGGAAAGGGUAAAGUGUUAUCUCGAUUAAACCUACAUACCGGCCCGAUAGCCAAAAGCACCACCUCUCGAGUUAACGCUCAAUCCUCUGAAGAUGUAUCGAAAGAAGGAUAUGGAACCGGCAAUGAAUCAGAUCGGACGACCGGUGCUAUAACCCCGAACCAGCAGAAUGGUAAUAUUUCUGCGCGGUCAGGAAGUACAGCACAAAAGAAGGAGCCCGCAAAUAAGAAUGGGAAUGCAAAACGUGCAGGCGCUAGAGCAAAAAAUACUACAUUGACGGGGAGAGUAACGAAGAAGACUGAUAAGAAGACAGAGAAAAAAUCUGCAGCGAAACCAGUUACAAAGUACAAAUCUGCGGAGUUUGUACAUGAUUCAGAUGAAGAUACGGAAAUGGCUGAUUCCCCACCUCUGGGAUCGUCCACGGCCCCCACGAGCGAUACGGUAGCGAAGCAGAACCAGGCAGCAAGAGUCAACAAAACGUCCGUGAAGAGCUUUCCACCUUCAACGUCCACUACACCCAAGCCGGCCGAAGCAGAAAAGCCAGCCAAAGCGAAGUCUCAGUCCAUGAAAACGAUUCCCUCUGCUACAGCAACUACUCGUACAGCCAGCAACAGUUCUCCACAAAAACCUUCUCCACUUGGCUCAUCGCCUCCCACGAAUGCAUCCGAGCUAGAAAGCGGAAGGCGAUCCUCCAAUACCACGCAGUCGUCCAGCUCGUCCUCUCCUCUUAUGGUUCAACAUUCCAGGGCGAAGGCCGCCUCUACUGUUUCUGGUAUCCAGGCACCAAGUGCGGUAAAUCGUGACCCAAAGCCAGCCUCAAGUACCCUGAAGCGCAAAGCCGAGACGGACCAACCGCCCUCACACCAUCAAAAUCAUGAGCCAAACGGGAUACGGCAUCCAAAGCCCCGCCCCCAUCCGCUUCAAACUCCUGCGACAAAUGGCCGCUUCAUGGAGCCGAAACGGCGCCGCCUCUCCAGCCCAUCCAGCGGCAGCACUACAGGCAGCGCCUCACCGCCACGGAGCCUAGAGAUACUCCGCCAACGGCUACGCGACAAAGCACUACAAUUCAAGCGGUAUUAUGCCUCAUAUCGACUUCUACACCAGGAGAUGACCAGCCAUCCAGACCCACCGCCGAGCGAGAUUGAGAAACUGGAGCGGCAGCAUGAGCGGUUGCAGAAGAUGAAGCAGGAGAUUUGGGAAGAGGAUCGGCGCUUGAGAACUGGAUAACGAGCUUAUUUGCUUAAAAGAAUUUGUGCUUUUUAUCGAAUAUCACACUCCUAUAUUUUUAUUCGGUAAGCAUUAUCAAUCAUGAGGUGGCGCGGGCCCCGCGGUACGAAUAUCCUCUUGUUACUGCGGAGUGGCCAUGCUUAUUUAUGUUCAUUUAUUGUUAUCCUGUUAUGGCUAAUUGGGAUUUUCUGGCUACCCUUUUUAUUUUAUUUUUUCUCCCGCGUAAUAUUCCUACACAUACUGGCUAAUAUUAAUAUAUAUAUAUAUAUAUAUAUAUAUAUAUAUAUGCCUUGGGUUCGUUUAUGAGGAAUGGCGUAUCUAUCUCAUUUCUUUCUGUUUUUGGCAUGUCAAUUGGGAAUGUAUGUAUGGGAAUUAAAUAUUUUUGAUUUUACUUAUAUAGCCAGGAAGGGUAUUAUAUAUUUGGCCAUAUAUUUGAUUCUUUUAUCUACAAAGCAUGUAUGUAACAUUGUUCUGCAUCUCUCAGAAGGUGCCCAAACAAUAUAGGAACCUGGUAUUGAAUGGUGUCAUCCAAUAAACAAUCCUCCUUCCUCAGCAUUUCUACAGUUUGCCUGGCCCCAAUUACAUACAUACAGCAUACACUAUUUACUCCAGCAAUUCUGAUAAUGUAUCCUCCCUCCUGCCCACUGCUACAGUAUCAGCGUGC